GUGACUGUGAGUGUCUUCAUAACAGAUGAGAAUGAUAACUCUCCACAGAUAUUAUACCCUGCUCCAGCAGGGAACUCCUUCAUGACUGAAAUGGUUCCCAAAGCUGCUCACGCGGGCUCUCUGGUUUCCAAGGUGAUCGCUGUGGAUGCGGACUCUGGACAGAAUGCGUGGCUGUCCUAUCAGAUCGUGAAAUCGACUGAUCCGGGACUUUUCACUAUUGGUAUCCACAGCGGAGAGAUCAGAACACAGCGGGACAUUUCUGAAUCUGACACAAUGAAGCAGAACCUUGUUAUCUCAGUGAAAGAUAACGGACAGCCCUCUCUGUCUGCAACAUGUGCAGUAUAUUUACUGAUUUCAGACAACUUGGCAGAAGUUCCAGAGUUGAAAGAUUCUUCUUAUCAGGAGAACAAUUCCAAAUUAACUUCUUAUUUGAUCAUUGCCUUAGUUUCCGUUUCUACUUUCUUUCUCAUGUUCAUUAUUGUCCUCGUAGCUGUGAGGUUUUGUCAUAGAAAAAAGCCCAGACUGUUGUUUGACAGCGCAGUCGCCAUUCCCAGCGCAUAUUUCCCUCCCAACUACGCAGAGGUGGAAGGAGCAGGAACUCUCCGCAGUUCUUACAAUUAUGACACGUACUUAACAACGGGCUCGCGCACCAGUGACUUCAAGUUUGUCAGCUCUUACAAUGACGUCACACUGCCUGCUGAUCAGACCCUGAAGAGGAGCCCCAAUGACUCCAAUGCCAUUGAUUUAAUAAACGAGGAAAAGGAUGGUGUCAUUGAGACUAAAGUGACCUUUGACUCACUGUAA